GGUCCAGUGGUCCAACCGUAUAGAGCGAUCAAGCUAUCGCCACCAGCAUUGAUGGACCCAGUGUAUGAGAUAGUGCUUCAAGAAUGUCAGCGGAAGUCCCAGCCUUAGAGCCAUCUGGCUUACCGAGCAGCACCGGUCUGCCAUCCGAUUCCCGCAACGACAUCGGUGUUGGCACUGCUCCACUUCAGAGAGUAGGUCCCAGUUCCAAGGGUCAAAGAAUCGGAGCCAGUCUCGACGUAGUUGGAGAAAUAGUAGCCUCCGUAAGUGCCGACUUGGUUUCCAGUGAUGGUUUCACUUCGCUUCUCGACAUCGCUGAGAGGUGCAGCAAAUGCAAAGACAGCGCAAGCAGAGGCAAGGAGGAUAUUCUUGAUUGAAGGCAUGACAACUGGUUUGGAGGAGAUCAGGUUGGAUAUGUAUGAGAUCGUUGAGAUGAUAGUGGUAAUUCCACCAGGGAGCGCCGUGGAGACUUUUAUAAUUGCACGGCCAGUCAGUCUUGCUGACGACGAUCAGGUCAAGUUCGUGGCUAUUGAUGUGAAACAUGAGUCUGGACAAGCAUUGAUCAUCGAUUUGGCUAAAUUGGAAGACGUUUCGGCGUCGCUCGUGAGAGGGGUCCUCGUUCCUCACAGCCAGCCCGGCCCGGCCCAGCUGACGCAUGUCAAGGAAAACCGCCAGGUACCGUCAACAUCGUGCGACAAAAUCAAAGGGGUACUUGUUCUCUCUGGUUCUUGCAAUUAAGCAGCGACAAGCUUUGCCAAACAAUCUGUGCUUCUUUCCAGGCUAAAUUGAAGAGGAGUAGACACUUUGAACAAGCUUCGCUUGGAAGUGUCGAUCACGCGGAGGACA